GAAAAAAGGAUUUUUCUCGACCUAAAUUCACACAGUAGUGCAAAGGGAUAUUCAGUGAAGUCCUCAAAGUGAUUUUAUAUUUUCUCCCCAUAUCCGCGAAGGAAAAGAAAAAGAAUUUGAGAAUUAUGGCGGCAAUUCGACAAAUUUUCCUCAUAAGUUUGUUCACUGUACUGUGUUUUGCAAAAUUAGGAUCUGCAAUCCGUUGCUAUGAGUGCAACAGUCACACAGACGUCCGCUGUGCUCAGGACAUCCCGCCAGAUGAGCUUUCAAUUGAAUGUGGUGACCACAAACACGGGGUCGCAUAUACUUUUUGCAGAAAAAUCACUCAAGUCAUUGAGUUCUCAGUCAACACCCUGCCUCCAGAUAGCCGCGUAAUUCGUGGAUGUGGCUGGGAUUCAUCCUCAUACAAGGACAAAUGUUAUCAAAGGUCCGGCUUCGGAGGUCGCUUGGAAGUAUGUGCUUGCUCGUCAGACAACUGCAAUGGAGCUCUAUCAAUGAGGAGCAUCAGUGGAGCCUUUGGGCUCCUUCUUGCUACUGUAGCAUUACUUUUUUCUCGAGGGUAAUUUUUUUUGGUGCGCCACAUCUAUGAAACCUUUUAUUUUUUUUCUUACCCCCAAUCCCGAGAUGCCGAUAUAAUUUUAUUUCUUAAAUGCUGUCGAACUACUUUAGGAAUACAUAUAGCGCAUAAUUAGUGGAAAAGUUACUGUACACAUCUAUGAAGCACAAGUUGUGCGUGUUUACAAAAUAAGAUUUAGUAAAAGACCAAAAGGCUAUCAAAGUUCGUCUCAUUUCUGGUUGAUAAAUCAAUUUGAAAUGCAUACAAAUACAUUCUCGGAGGAAAAUAUUUAUAUAAUAAAAAGUAAUCAUUCUAAUAGGCAAAAAAAGUAUAUAGAAAUAUUGUGAAUCGUUCUCCCGUUAUCAUCGUACUAAAAAUAAAUAUUUUACCUAAAAUGCGUUGUAUAUAAUGAAAGUCUUAAAUUUUAAAAUAUUUAUGCCUAUUUUGUGCAUUAAAAAAUCGUCUUUUAUGCUUUAAAUUAGAGAUGUUGUAUAAUAUAUUCUAAACUAAAGCUCCGCUAUCAGAUAUUUAAAAAGAAAUAUCUUCUAAAACCUUUAUUUUCUUUCACAAAAAAAAAACAUUAAACUAAUGGAAUAAAAUUUUCCACCAACUGCCAUUAUUUCAAGUAUAGAGAGGUACCUACAAAAAAAUAACGUUUGAUUAUACGAGAGGAUAGUUAAAAGGAGUUUAAUAAAAAUUCUAAGAAAUCGAGAAGUAAAAUAAAA